AUGGCCCAAAAGGCCAGCCCACCCAGCGAGCCUCCCUCCUCUUUUGAGCGUCGUCCACGGCACUCCCAUAGGUCAACCUCCCGCGUCAGCCAUUACAACGUAAUCGGUGCAGCAAAGAAACACCCUUGA